AUGGCCCUGAAUGCUAACUGCAGGGCAGCUCCGCCGCCGGCCCGGGACAGCAGCGGGCCGCUGCCCGAAGUGGUGGAGCUGAAUGUGGGCGGCCAGGUGUACUUCACCCGGCUCUCCACCCUGACCAGCCUGCCCAACUCGGUCCUCGGGAGGAUGUUCGGCCAGAAGAGGAACUCCGGCGGGCCGGACCUGGCACGGGACAACCGCGGACGCUUCUUCAUCGACAGGGACGGCUUCUUGUUCCGCUACAUCCUGGAUUACCUGCGGGACCGGGCGGUGGUUCUGCCCGAGCUCUUCCCGGAGAAGAUGCGCCUCCGGCGGGAGGCUGAGUUCUUCCAGCUGCCCGAGCUGGUUCGGAUGUUGAGCCCAGACGAGGGGCAAAGCCCCGGCCUCGACGAGCCCUCUCACAGUGACCUGGACGAGCUGUCCCAGGGCAGCGACCUCCCCCGGGCUGGCAGCCAGGCAGCCGAGCGCAGGGCGGGCUUCAUCACUCUGGGUUACCGGGGCUCCUGUGUCCUGGGGCGGGACAGCAUGCAGGGGGACGCCCGCCUCUUCCGCCGGGUCCCUCGGAUCCUCGCGUGUGGUCGAAUCGGCCUCCUCAAGGAAGUGUUUGGAGACAGUGUGAACGAGAGCAGGGACCCGGACCGGACACCGGACAGGUACACGUCCCGCUUCUACCUCCGCUACCGGCAACUCGAGAGAGCCUUCGACACACUGGCCGAAGCAGGCUUCACUCUACUGGGCAGCAAUUCAUCCCUCACCGGCUCAGUAUGCGGCCAGGCUAUUGACGACAGGGCAUGGAGCAGCUACACCGAAUACCUCUUCUACCGUGGUUCUUCCCGAUGGCCCUCACCACAGUGUGAAUGUGGCUGCAGAAAUGAUAAAAGUGAAAAGGAUGGAGAAAGUAUAACCUCGUGCAAUGAACUAUCCACCUCAAGCUGCGACAGCCAAUCUGAGGCCAGUUCCCCACAGGAGACAGUGAUCUGCGGCCCAGUCACCCGGCAACCCAAUAUCCAGACACUGGACCGGCCGGCCAAGAAAGGGCCAGUGCAACAAGUACAGCAAAGCGAAUUCCGCAGGAAAAGUGAUCUGUUAAGGACUCUCACCAGUGGAUCACGUGAAUCCAACACGUGCAAAAAGAAAGUCAAAGAGAAAAUGACAAUUGAGGAAGAGCUAGAGAAAUGCAUCCAAGAUUUUCUGAAAAUUAAAAUACCUGACAGGUUCCCAGAACGAAAAUAUCCAUGGCAACUAGAACUGCUGCGGAAAUACCAUCUAUAG